CAGUAAAGAACACACCAAUGACAAGUUGCCGAGGUUCCCGUUCCUACAUCUUUGAGUGGGGUUUAGCGCACGAGGACGGACACAUUUUAGCCAGUGCCUGGUGGUAAAGGUGCUUAUGAACUAUUUUCACUUUUCAAUUCUCUUCUUCCACCGUUCCUGAAAGUCAGGGACACGAAUUCCUGGGCUGAGGUGGCUCAGGUUGCUUCGGUAUUUCCUCACCUGAAGUGUCCCUUAACCUUCAGCGGCAGACACCUGUGCUGGCAGACCCGUAGCGGAGCACCUGGAGUGCUGCGCCUGAGGCUAACCAGAUUAAAAGAAGAGGAGAGAAAGUGAGACUGCCUGAAGGACUGUGACAUAGUCAGAAGUUGAAACUGUGGCUACAUGAGACAUGGAGGCUGAUGGUACUUCGUGGAAACUUACUGUGCUGUCAUUGAUCUGCUUGUGGGGGAUGUCAGGAAUUUGGGCAGAGAUCCUGAUGCCCCUAACCCAUGUGGAUGUACUCAAGGGUCAGUUGGUGGUUCUGAAGGCUUCAUACAAUCCAGUGCCUGGUAGUGACCUGAGCACAAACACCAUCAUCUGGAGUCUUGUAUCUAAUAACUCUCAACUGGUAAUCUCUUACACUAAGAGCUCAGUAAGUGUGGGGAGUUCCCAGUUUCGGGGCCGAGUUGGGUUCACCUCUCGCAUGCCCUCUAGUGACAUAUCUCUGUACAUCAACAACACCCAAGAGUCGGAUUCAGGACGUUACCUCUGCCAAGUCAUCAUCCCAGAUAACCAAGGCCUCACUGCUGACCUCACCCUGGAUGUCAAAGUGCCCCCUGCUGUUCCAAAGUGCACUUUAUCGGGGAAAGCUGUGCUGAAAGGAAACGUGACGCUGAGCUGCAAGUCAAGCAGUGGGAAGCCUAUCCCAAUGUACAAGUGGAGGAGAACCAGUCCAACCUCAGAGGUUUUCUUCUCACCCAUGCUCAAUGAGAAGACAGGCAGCCUGAAGCUGAGUAACCUGAGCAGCAACAUGUCAGGGAAGUACGUGUGCACUGCUAGCAACACAGCCGGAUCGGAAAGCUGCUUCAUCAACCUGGAGGUUUCCAACUCCAAUAACGCUGGGGUUAUCGCUGGUGCAACUGUGGGCACAGUGGUUGGCUUCCUCUGCCUUUUACUCAUUUGCAUCUUUUUCUUGAUGAAGAGGAAACGAGACAACGAAGACGACAUGGCAAAUGAAAUCAAAGAGGACGCUCAGGCUCCCAAACGUGUGUCUUGGGCAAAAAGCGGAAUGGGUUCCGACAUCAUCUCCAAGAACGGUACCUUGUCCUCCAUCGCCUCCAGCCCGCAACACAGAGACCCCGCCCAACAACAAAACAACCACCACCACUUACAGCACUACCCCCAGCGUCCUCCCUCCGACACCGCCUCCAUCAUCACAGCCACCGGCAGCACGGCCGGUUACCGUCCUUCCCGUCAUCACGGCGCCUCCACCCCGACGCAUAAUAGCUACAACAACAAUAACACAUUACCACGCGACCAGCCAGUCUCUUCUGACGACAACGGGGUCUCCCGACCCAGACCGGAGCGUUACACCCAACUGCCACAGGCCCCCAUGCUCCCACAGACCUAUAGCCAUCCUCAGUUACAUCUUCAAGUUACUCCGCCACCUCCGCCACUUCCCUCUUCUACACUCACAGGCGCUAACAUUUCCCGCAUGGGUGGGGUGCCCAUUAUGGUGCCUGCACAGAACCAGGCUGGAUCUCUUGUUUAACAACAGCCAUUACUUGCAAAAGUAACUUUGGUCGAAGGAUUUAUCUGCAGCUCUUAUGGAAGGCUUACUUAUUAUUAUCUAGCAAUGAAUUCAACUAGUUCAGAUUUGAAAGAUUCUAUGACUCACUCUUUGUUUGAGGUAUCUAUAUUUUAUAUUCUUCAAGCACUCUAUAGCUAUAUUCCAAAUUUUUGAAUUGUUCAUUGUUUAAUCUUUUCUACUGGACACUUUUUACAUUUUUUAUUGUCGUUCGAAUUCAUGCGCUUUUGUUUGUUAUUCCUUCCAUGAUAUAUAUUUUUUAACUUUUGCUCAUGAACAUAUUAAAUAAUUAUCUUAACACAUUGAUUUAGCUACUUUUAAAGCGGGCACUAUUUGGGGUUGCCUAAUUGUAUCCACGAUUUUAUGCAUAAUUAUCUUUAAUUGUUAUUUUUAAGGCUCAUGUGAAAUCAGACAAACAGAAACUAAAGAUGCCAAGUUAUUAAAUGGAAAAACAUUGAUAAAUAUAGUAAGCAUCAAAACAUUCCUGAUAUAUAUAUUUUUUAACAUGCAGCAAAAUCAUUUUACCCUCAAUAUACAGGGUGAUUGCAAAGUAUUUCAUAUAAGUAUUUCAAAAUAGUUAUAAUUUAUUCAAAUAAUACUUUUCGUAAUUUUUUGGUGUAUUUUCCUUAUUGUAUAGCAAUUAAAUUAACAUUUUCUUUUCCGAUAUGUUCAUUUUUUUAAAUUCAAAAUUAAAUGUGGGCAUUUUCCACCAACUUCUCAAGCAGACAAUAUUUUUUAAAAAUAGUUACAUUUCAAUCGCCCUGUACACUGCUGGCCAAAAGUAUCUACACCUCUGAAAUUCUAUCAGAUAAUGCUCAUUUUUUCCUAGAAAAUGAUUGCAACUACAAAUGCUUUGGUAGUAAUAUCUUCAUUUAUUUUGCUUGCAAUGAAAACACACAAAACAGAAUGAAAAAAAUAUAAAUCAUGAUAAUUUUACAUAAAACUCCAAAAAUGGGCCGGACAAAAGUAUUGUCACCCUCAGCCUAAUACUUGGUAGCAGAACCAUUAGACAAAAUAACUGCGAACAACCGCUUCUGGUAUCCAUGAGUUUCUUACAAUGUUCUGCUGGAAUUUUAGACCAUUCUUCUUUGGCCAACUGCUCCAGGUCUCUUUGAUAUGAAGGGUGCCUUCUCCAAACUGCCAUUUUCAGAUCUCUCCACAGGUGUUCUAUGGGAUUCAGGUCUGGACUCAUUGCUGGCCACUUUAGAAGUCUGCAGUGCUUUCUCUCAAACCAUUUUCUAGUGCUUUUUGAAGUGUGUUUUGGGUCAUUGUCCUGCUGGAAGACCCAUGACCUCUGAGGAAGACCCAGCUGUCUCACACGGGGGCCUACAUUAUGCUGCAAAAUUUUUUGGUAGUCUUCAGUCCAGUGCCAGAGGGAGCAAAGCAACCCCAAAACAUCAGGGAACCUCCGCCAUGUUUGACUGUGAGGACAGUGUUCUUUUCUUUGAAGGCCUCGUUAUUUUUUUCCUGUAAAUUCUAUGUCGAUGUCUUUUCCCAAAAAUCUCUACUUAUGUCCCAUCUGACCAGACAAAAAUUCUCCCAAAACGUUUUUGGCUUUCUCAGGUAAGUUUUGGCAAACAAAAGCUUGGCUUUUUUUUUGUCUCUGGGUCAGAAGUGGGGUCUUCCUGCCAUAGAGUCCCUUUUCAUUCAGACGCCGACGGAUAGUACGGGUUGACACUGUUGUAACCUCGGACUGCAGGACAGCUUAAACUUUUUGGGAUGUUAGUUGAAGUUCUUUAUCCACCAUCCGCACAAUCUUUUGUUGAAAUCGUUGGUCAAUUUUUCUUUUCCGUCCUUAUUUAGGGAGGUUAGCCACAGUGCCAUGGGCUUCACACUUAUUGAUGACACUGCGCAUGGUAGACUCAGGAACAUUCAGGUUUUAGGAGAUGGACUUGUAGCCUUGAGAUUGCCCAUGCUUCCUCACAAUUUUGCUUCUCAGACAGGUCUUCUUUCUUUUCUCCAUGCUCAAUGUGGUACGCACAAGGUCACAGGACAGAGGUUGAGUCACCUUUAAUCCAUUUUAACUGUCUGCAAGUGUGAUUUAGUUAUGUCCCACAGGUAAGUAACAGGUGCUGUUAAUUACACAAAUUAGAGAAGCAUCACAUGAUUUUUCAAAGGGUGCCAAUACUUGCGUCCGGCCCAUUUUUGGAGUUUUGUGUAAAAUGAUAAUGAUUUAAAAAAUUAAAAAAUAAAAAGUCAUUCUCUUUGGUGUUUUUUCAUUGCAAGCAAAAUAAAUGAAGAUAUUACUACCAAAGCAUUUGUAAUUGCAAUCAUUUUCUGGGAGAAAUUGAGCAUUGGCUGACAAAAUUGCAGGGGUGCCAAUAUUUUUUGGCCAGCAGUGUACAUUAGAAGUUAAAGUUAAAAGCCACUAUACUUGUUUAAAUUGUAUGGCUUUGAAUUUGCAAGUAAGUAACAAGAAAUGUAAAUAUGGUAUUUAUUUCACGUUUUAUUAUUGCAGUUGGCAACGUGUGACAGCCACAAUAUUAUGUGGGUAAGUUAUUUCUGCCUUUAACACUGGAUAAAGAACCAAAGAAAAACAGUAUGCAUACAUUACAAUUUUUUUUAAAUUUCUUUUUCUGAUUGGUAUAAAAUAACUGACAUAUGCGAUCUAGUAAAUAUGUACAGUAUUAAGUAAAAUGAUCUAAUCUGCUGUAUUGUCAUCUCACUGGGGUAUUUUUUUUUUUUUUU